UUUCCGUGUAGGCUGUCUUGUUAGCCUCGACUGUCAGUGUUCUCUUCUGCAUUUCUUCUUGCAUUCAAAUGGCUUCUUCCUCUGAUUUAGAGAACGUUAUCUAGCAGUGCUGAGGUCUCAGAACUACUAAGUGGAACCACUUAAUAUGUGUGAACUCUGAUCUUCGAAGAGGGAAAGCUUGUUUAGUGUUUAUUUAUGUAUUCUUAAAACUGGGUACCCAACCUCUGAUGAUGGGGUAUGAUCUUCCAGUGGCUGCAAGCUGGCAGUCUUAUUUUCUCUACAGUGAAAUAUCUUUCCACAUCUCUAGUGAGAGCUAUUAAGAGAGACCAGAAAUGGAUGCGUGGGGUAAUAUGUUUCUCAGCCGUGUUUCUCUUUACUUAUUUCAUUCUUGGUUGACUCAGCAGUAACUUUUCUUCUUGGCUAACUUUUAACCUCCAGGGAGUUUUGUGUUAAUUAUCUUGCUUAGUAUAGGGUACAAAAUCCUUUUUUUUCCAUUCCCUUUGAGUCUGGGUUUCUAAAGGAAAAUAAUAAUGGUGCAGAAAACACAAAUUUCAUCUCAUAAAUAACUAUAGUUGCAAUCUGAUGUCUGUACAGCACAGGGUUCAUCAUAUGAAAUAAUCAUCCUUGGAUACAUAAUUUGAAGCCCUGUGAAUUGAAAGUCUUGUGUAGGAGUACUGUAAACAUUAGGCUGAUGCCAGCUGAUACCCUGAAAAUUAGCAGGGGUGUGUGUAGAGCUUGAAAGAGCAGUAAAUUCAAAAUGUAAUCUCUUAGGUGUGUUUUUUUUAAAACUUCCUGUCUUUACUUUUUUUGAUGUCAGUAAUCAUGUCUGUUAUCUGAACAGAUGAAGGCUGCCUUUAAACGGUGUAGCUUUUAGAAGUGGGAUAGAAGGAAUGAGGAUUGUAAACCCCCUUCACAGGAGGAGCUGGGGUGCAGAACAAGGUGGUUACUUUUGAUAGGCAGAGGAGGUGGCCAGAUGUUUCUGUUUUGAAGCAGUUAGGAAUAUUAGUGGUAAAAUCCAUAUGAGGGAGUUUUGCUGAGUUUUUCGUUUCUUUGACUUGGAGAGCUACACAGGUGUAAAAACUUAACAGCAGCAUCUUCGGAAAAUGCCAGAAUGAGUGUUGAUUAAAAAACCUCACUGAGCUCCAUCCUCCAAGAAUCUAACUUUUCCUUGCAGGGAUACUUUUUGGAAAAUGCCAAGCCGGAGGUAUGCUGAUGGCGAGGUGGUGAUGGGCCGCUGGCCAGGAAGUGUCCUGUACUAUGAAGUACAAGUGACCAGUUAUGAUGAUGUUGCUCAUCUUUAUACUGUCAAGUACAAAGAUGGAACUGAACUUGCACUGAAAGAAAGUGAUAUAAGGUCUCAGUCAUCAUUCAAGCACAGGAAGAGCCAGUCUUCUUCAAGUUCUCCCUCCAGAAGAAGCACCAGCAGAUCUCGAUCCAGGUCUCCUGGUCGGCCAGGGAGAGGGAGACGUCGUUCUACUUCCCAAAGCAGAGAACAUAAAGAUGACAAAAAGAAAACCAUUCAGGAAACCAGCUUAGCUCUACCAGCGAAGCCGAGUGAGAAUAACACCAAAAGGUACAACGGUGAACCUGAAAAUACGGAAAAAAAUGACACAUCCUGCAUAAUCUUGGAGCAAAAGUUAAAACCAGACGUGGAAGUAAAGCAUUUUGAACAGUACAGCCUGCGUUCAAGGAAAGAUGAAAAGAAGAAAGAAGAGAUAUAUUCGGAGAAAAAGAUUUUUACAGCAUUAAAAACAAUUGAGAAAGCACCGUCAAAAACAAAGGAGCUGGAGUUUGGGGGAAGACUUGGGACCUUCAUGCUGAUGUUUCUCCUUCCUGCUACUGUAUUGUACUUGCUGUUGAUGUGUAAACAAGAUGACCCCAGUCUUAUGAACUUCCCUCCUCUCCCAGCACUUGAAAGUCUUUGGGAGACGAGGGUGUUUGGUAUUUUUCUUCUGUGGUUUUUCCUUCAAGCUCUGUUCUACUUGCUGCCAGUUGGAAAGGUUGUAGAAGGCCUGCCUCUUUCAAAUGGAAAGAAACUACAGUACCGGAUAAAUGGGUUUUAUGCUUUUAUUUUCACUGCUGCAGCUAUUGGAAUUUUAUUAUACUUUCAGUUUGAACUUCAUUAUUUGUAUGAUCACUUCAUGCAGUUUGCAGUGUCAGCUGCAGCUUUUUCUUUGGCAUUGAGCAUUUAUCUGUAUGUUCGGUCCCUGAAAGCACCCGAGGAAGAGCUAGCACCAAGUGGAAAUUCUGGGUAUUUCAUUUAUGAUUUCUUUAUUGGACAUGAAUUAAACCCUCGUAUUGGCAGUUUUGACCUCAAAUACUUCUGUGAGUUGCGUCCAGGACUAAUUGGCUGGGUUGUUAUAAACUUGGCAAUGCUCUUGGCUGAGAUGAAGGUACACAAUCUAAGUAUGCCAUCCCUGUCAAUGAUACUUGUGAACAGCUUUCAGCUUCUGUAUGUGGUGGAUGCUCUUUGGAAUGAGGAAGCCGUUUUGACUACAAUGGAUAUUACCCAUGAUGGAUUUGGUUUCAUGCUGGCAUUUGGAGAUCUGGUGUGGGUUCCAUUUGUCUACAGUCUGCAGGCCUUCUAUUUAGUGGGUCAUCCUACUGUGAUUUCUUGGCCUGUUGCUGCCGCAAUUACUGUUAUGAACUGUAUUGGGUAUUACAUAUUCCGUAGUGCAAAUUCUCAGAAAAAUAAUUUCCGAAGGAAUCCCGCAGAUCCCAAAUUGGCCAAUCUGAAAUUUAUACCCACUGCAACUGGAAAAGGGCUUCUUGUCACGGGUUGGUGGGGUUUUGUUCGUCACCCUAAUUACCUCGGUGAUAUCAUCAUGGCUCUAGCAUGGUCCCUACCCUGUGGUUUUAACCACAUUUUGCCGUAUUUCUACGUGAUAUAUUUCAUCUGCUUGCUUGUUCAUCGAGAAGCUCGUGAUGAACAUCAUUGUAAGCAAAAAUAUGGCUUGGCAUGGGAAAGGUAUUGCCAGCGUGUACCAUACCGCAUAUUUCCUUACAUCUACUAGAGCACUCCAGGUUCCUGAUUGGAAAGUUACUUCUAAAGUUAGUUUCUUUGCAGAUAAAAUAUACCUCUUACCUUUGCACUUGGUCAUUUGUCAUUUAGGCUUUUAAAAAAAAAAAAAAAAAGGCCAAACUUUGGAGUGCAUCAAAGGUAUUUACAAGUAAGCUUAAAUACAUGAGUUAUGUGAACUGACUGGCUGUGACUUCAAUUCUUAAAAUAUUGUGAAUUUUAAAAACUCUUGGGGCCCUAAUUUUUCAAGCUAAAUUUUAUCUAGAAUUCCGAGUUUACAUUUUUUUUUUUAUUGCGUUUAAUUAAGCACUGUGAUGUAAAGUAUAUUAUUUUCUUAAUACAAUAAAUGCUGAAAUUCCAUCCAGUUCAUUUUUUGGUGUUACUUGUACCAUCUAACUUCAGAUGUCCAAUUUAGUUGCCUGAAUUGGAGGAGCAGCAGGGUCUUUUUGGUCAGUGAGCUGGCAGCAGAGGAUUUGACCCACAUGAGGGGCCUGCAGCCCAGGGCCUGGAGCUGGCACGCUCAGCUAGGUGGUUGUUCCCCUCCUGGCUUUUCAUUAAUGGGAUUUUUUUUGGUCAGGGAGGCUCAGGUGACCACUCCUGCCCUGCACCUGCAGGAGGGACUGAGGGAUAUAGAACUGGGAGAAGGGAAGGGGCACAGCUGUCCCCUCCUCCCGUCCCAUUUUUGAGGCAGUUUCAGCACAGACCAAGGGGAGCUCUGAAGCUGCUGCCUGGCAGUGCCCCUGGCCCUGGAUGGAAACCAUGCUUCUGGCUCAGACUCCUGAAAGUAGAUGAUACAAACACUUGCUUUGGCUGUGGGCAGAGCUGUGGAAGUGAGCAGUGAACCCUCAUCCUGCCUCUAGCAUUGAACAGGGGGUAGCAAAAGUGUGCAGCGAAUGCACAUGAGACAGAAAAGGAUCAAAUGACCACAGUCAGCUUAUUCUGAUCUUUGUAAAUUAUGUCUUAAUGUACCAUAGCAUUUACCAAGUGUGUAUAAUAAAGCCUCCACGUUUUUUCUGUACAGUGUUUGGGUUUGAAAAUGCAACAGCUUUUUUAGAAACAGAAGAAAUCAGUAACUAAGCCAAUUUCCAGUAAUUUUAAAAAAAAAUGUUCAUUGAAAAAAGGUUUUUGUAAAUUAAUGUUGUAGUUCUUGAAACAAUUGAAGUGUUCAUUUAAAUAUUUGUAUUGACAGAUAUGCUAUGAAAAUAUAGGAAUUGCUCCUCAAUCCAAAGUUGUUGUUUUUUUUUAAUUUGGCAUUGCUACCUCAUAUGUAGGUGUUGCCUUUUGUACUGUUGCAGAUAGAGAAAUAGCUAUUUUUUUGCUAUUGCUAUUUAAAACAACAUUUUUUACAUGAGCCUGUGGUUAAACUCAACCACUUUCUAAUAUAUUUUUGUAUAUAUUUGACUUUUUGACUAAUGUAUGUGUUCUGGUCACUAGUUGUGUUCUUUGUCUAACUGGCUGUAAAUGAGAUGCCCUUCUGGUAUUUACUUCAUAAGUAGAAUAAUUUUACUGAAAUACUCUUGCAUUAAUUAAGUAGCUUCUAUUCUAUUGUCACAAGUAAGAGCUUUUCACAUACUUCGCACGUGAGGUUUAUAGCACAAAUUGCCCUAAAAAGCAUAUUAGAAUAUUAAAUAUAGUGCAGGUACCUCUGCACUUGCUUGCAGGAUUGUUCCGAAUAAAUUGGAAUGUUAUUUAUCAAUUUUUUUUUAAAUUCUUCUAAAAUAUUGAUGUAAUUGAAAUCUAGCAUGUGAUUUCUUUUAAAAAUAAAAUAACUCUAUUUUGUACAUGGGCAUUUUUUAAAGGUAAUUGUACAAUUUAACUGUAUAUAAUGUAGCUUGAUUGUUGGUGUUGUAAGGAAAAUGUUUUAAGACAAGUACUUUGCUUGCUGGCAGCAAAUAGCAGUGCCUGUAACUACUCAAAAGAAUUUACUCCUGUGAAGUAGCAGAUUAAACUGGGAUGCUUUUUUCAAUCAUUUCUGAAUGAAUUUAUGGGAAAUAGAGAAAUCAUUAAAUGGCACUGGUUUGCAGGUGGUGUUUUAAAAUGUACUGAAGCAAGUGGGGACAGUUCAACUUCUCAGUCUGUAAACUCAGAGAUGCUCCUGCUGUCCCAGUUUUAUCUGUUGCCAUGCAAGUUGUUUAAAAUGCCAUUUGGAGCCCUUGUCUUUCAGAAAUGGAUCAUGACCAAUGACAACUUCAGUUUAUUUACAUGUUGAAUUUUAUGUGAAUUUGAUUUUGAAGUAACUGGUUUUAAUACAAACAAGCCUUUGAACUAAAAUAAAGGUUUUGCUUAAAAUUAA